AAAAAAUAUAAUAUUGAUUUUUUUUGUACUUCGAAAGAAGAACAAUGGAAAAUAAAAUAUCAUAUAUACAGAUACAUUUUUUUCAUGAUAAUUGAUAAAGUGCCAAAUAAUAUUUUUGGAGUAUUUAUCAAAUACUUAAAAACGAUCCAAUUACAGAGCACUGCCAUCUCCAUCUCCAUUCGUCUGACUUGGGGUAUUCAGAAUCUCAUAACUUCUUUCCAAAUUCAGAAUACCUAACAUAACGAAUCCCAGAUUCUCCAGAGCGUAGUUUAUUGAAGUGGAAUCAAGCCAUGGGUGAUGGUCCUAAAGGGAUAGAAUUUUUCCCAGAUCAUUUUAAGGCUUCAACUUCUGAUGUUGAUACCCCUCAAUCAAGAAGUUCAUCACUCUCUCAUACCAAAACUGAAUUUGAGUUCAAGCAGCCGAUUGUGGGCUAGCAGAAGAUUAAUGAGUGCUGCAUCUAUCUUGAACUUGUGUAGCCUAAGGAGACUAUCUUGGGGAAAUGAUAAAGAUGAGCAAGAUAAGGUUGUGUUAUCUGUUAAAGAAGUAAAAAGCCUUCAAUCAGAACUUGCUGAAUUGGAGGAAAGAGAAGCUCUUCUGAGAGCUAAACUGGAACAUAUUGAUGAGAUUCUGCGUUCUGCUCAUCUUUCUGGCUACUUACACAUGCGAAAUAGAUGGGCAGCAUUACCUGGCGAACCUCUCCCUCUUGAUGACAUGGAAAUUGAUGAUUGGCUUCCACGUUUUGUUGUUCUUCUAGGACCCUGCAUCUUCUUCUAUUUCCUGUCCAUGGAUUUAAGUCCUCAGGACUCGUGUCUGUUAUCUGAUGUUGUUGAAGUAGGGCCAAUGCCACAUAUUACUCAAGAAGAAGGGGAAACUCGAUAUUAUUUUUAUAUAAUAACUCGGUAUGGAUUGAGAUACGAGUGUUCAAGCACUUCUAAAAUCCAGGUGGAUAAUUGGGUGACGGCAUUGCAAGACAAAUGCAAAUUGGGAUCACAAUCGAGCACCACCAUGUGAUUUUAAGUUGUUAAAUAACUUGAUAAGAUUAGAGUGUUGCACAGGUAGUCGCAUUCAUGGUGGGUUAGGAAAGCUUUUGUACAAAUUAAUAGUGUAAAAUGUGAGACUAAUGGAUUUUGCAAAAAGUGUGCCAAAAAUUCGGUAAUUUUGUGACAUUUUCUGGUGCUGGUAUGCUGUUUUUGAUCAACGUGUUAUGGGCAGUGGAGCGGAGAUCUUUUUGAAGGAAUAACAUUUAUAACGUUCUUACUUGAUUUGGUGUGUUAAGUGAUUAUUACAUUUUUAAUAAUCUACAAAAUUUAUUAUAAUCAACAAAAAUAUGUAAAAAAAGGCAUAGUGCUUGAUCAUUAUGCCACUUGCAAUGUUC